AUGGGUACUCUCGUAUCCCGAACAGCGGUCAUAACAGCGGCUGUUUGCGUCGUGAACCCGGCAAUGCCAUACCAUGACACUCGUCCCGUCAAUGUGAUAACCGCAACCUAUUAUAGACACCCGCGACGCGGCAUUAGAGUGCAAGUUACAAAGAUAAUCAUACCCAAACUAUCUAACGCGACCGCUGAACGAGCUUAUAUGAUUCAAGAAGCACCUGCCAUAUUGUUACUGGCGCGUCAAGUACCGGAUGUUUUAGCAGAAAUUCCGCUUCGUCCUCUUCAGAUAGACUACAGUGGUGAAGAAGUAUUGUCACUACACGAGGAAUGCUUAGCGGUGGGCUGGCAUUUCUUCUACAAAGGGGACAAGAUAUAUCCAACUAAUAAGUUCCUUCUGCAACGCAACGUCCGCACUCAGUUUCUCGUCAUAGGGAAAAAGAACGUUUGGUGCAACGCUAUAAAGCUCAAAUUUCAAAAGGCCAUGGCUAAUCUUGGGUACAUGGGAAACUUUGAUAAGACUGCCACCGUUUGUCUCAAAGAUCCCGAAAGGGAAGCACAGCCCUGCCAUGGAAUGUAUGGUGCGCCAUUGAUCUGCAACGGUAAGGCGGUGGGUAUGCUUAUGGCACCAGACGCUCAGUGGUCCAAUUGCACUGGUUUCACAAGCCUCUUCAACAUCUUUAAGUCCGACCACAUAUCCUCAUACAUGCACUGUAUUAGUCCACUUUUUAAACCAGAACUAACAAUGAAUUGGGACAAGUUUAAAAAUAGUUUAAAAUACGCUGAUAAUGAACCUCAUUACGAUUACUUGCCUGAAAUGUACGACAAAGUAAUGUUCGACUCGAGCAGUUCUGAAGAGACAUGA